AAUUUUCUCUACGGAAAUCAAAACUUUCUCAAGGCUGUAAAUAUUAGGGAAUAACGUUUGUAUAUUUUUAUAAUGUGGUAAAAAAUAAGAAACAAAAAAGGAAAUUGAGGCAUCGAUACGGCACCAUAAAAUUCGAUGUAAUCGAGUAUAAAAAGGUUUGACGUGAUAAUGCUUCUAAAACAGCUUAUUACACUCGUCGUAAUAUUCAUUUGUCUUGAACAAUGUUUUGGAAGGAGGUUGAAGGUAAAGGGGCUGAAGACAGAUACUAAGAGUGAUGGGCGUGGCAUUAUACAUCGAGUUUGCCCGUCAAAAGUAAAACUAAACUGUGCCAACGUGAUGUACUCCAAGACAUGCAACGGAAAUUAUGAUUGUUCAUAUGCUGGUCCACAGUUUGUUUGUUGUGAAACUGGUUGCACUGGUGAUUCAAAAUUUGUUUGCGUUCCUGAAGAGAACAGCAAAUGUCCAUAUUUACAGCCAAUCACCUUCACUGGAUUGAGAAAAUGCAACGUCGGAAAUGACUGCGAGAAAGGCUUUACAUGUUGUUUUGACAUCGCCGGAAAAGGAUAUUGCCAUAAACCCACACAGGAAGAAAUGAUGGAAACCUAUUAGUUCAGGUCUGGGAUGUCCCAUGAGUGCGAAGACUUCGCACGGAAAAGAUGCCCAGGAUCACAAAUACAUCGUUAUCUCUCUGGACAGAUCAUUUUUAUGUGCAUAAGUCAAGUCAUAACGUUAAGGGUCUGAUUUUGGUAGAUUAGAUAAUAUAUACCUUAUCUUUAAAUCAUUCGUACACGAUGGCCUCGUUUUCGACGAAGCACGAUAUUCGUGUCGUAGUAACAUUUCUGUUAAGUUUCGGCAAAGAAUGCUCGUUCAAUUUAAAGGAUCAUUGCAAUUUGAUAAAGUAAAUUUGCUUUAGACAACACCAGAAAUGCAACAGGCGAGAAUAACCGAUACCCAUAUUUUGCAGACGCGCUCUCGGGAAAUCUGGAUACAAAAUGCUCAUUGUCUUCGCAUUGCUUCGCGCGGUCCAUGUCCAACUUAAGGCCAUGUUACACGGUGCAAUUUUUCUUGCAACUUGCAAUGCAAUUCUACUUUUAAGAGAUGUAAAUUAGUGAAGAGUCUUCAAAAUGUAAGUGUAAGAAACACCAUGAAUGUAAUGAAGACAAAAGUUUGGUAGUUGGCAAAAUUUAAUUUAAAUCUCUCAAAAGAAGAAUUGCAUUGCAAGUUGCAGGAAAAAUUGCACCGUGUAACAUGGCCUUUAGUGUUCACACGAUCCAAUAUCUGAUAUUGAUCUAAAAGGCUAUCAAAACUCUAACAAAAUAUUGAUUUAAUGUUUUUCAAGUGCAAUGAGUUCAUAUUCCAAUGACGUUAUAUAAUUCAAUGAAUAUUACUUGAAUAUGAACGUCGGUAUAUGAUACACAUGCAUAUAUAUGACCUAAAUUACACAACAAUCAUCUAUUUUUCAUUUUACUCUGUAUGUUUUAAAAAGUGGGCUAGCGGCUAUGCAAAUCACAGAAACAAGUGUCGUAAAAUUAGUGUGUUUUUAAUGCACACCACCCUUUGGAAACUAAGCCUUUGAAUAAAUCCAACUUAAUUCCAAACGGGUUUUUAGCUCAUACAUGUAUACCUUUAUCAGUCCCAACCUGUCGUCACUCUCUAUGUGACGAUCAUUGAUUUUGAAAGGAUGGAUUUGUUUUCAUUUGA